UCUGCCAUAGGGUCGUUCUGGUGAAGAGCAAACAGAUGUGCAUGCAUUUUUGUUUCUGCCAUAGUCCAGUAGGUGUAUAGCAAACAGAGGUGCAUUGCAAAGUUUUUGUUUCUGUCAUAUGUUUGUCGUACUAUUAGAUGAACAACAGUUAGAUAAAAAGGUGGCAACGUUAUAGGCCACUUAGAAAACUUAACACGGUUGCCCCAACUGUAACACCAGCAAAGAACCGUAGAACACUGUUUCAUACUGGCUGUGAAUUUGAGACGUCUAUCAUUUCCAACAAUUUGUGUUGUUUUCAUGGUACCAUGGUAAGUGGCUAUGGUUCUCAGUUCAUUACCAGAGAAAUAUGAACUAUUUCUGAAGUUUUACACUUAGGACUUUUGAGAAGGUGAAGUCUAAGCUGGGAAAAGUCCGAAGGGUUUUAAUUAAAUACCAGCAUCGUUACUCUCCUUAAUGUGGGCAAGCACCACAGCCGCUUAACGUUGCUUGUGCCUUGCACUGGCCAUUUGAAAAUAAUUAUCAAGGUCGGUCACCUCUCGAGCCAGGAUGGUUAAAGGGGCGUCUGAGGCGAAGCAAGAUUGAAGGAUUAAGAAGAAAAGGUGGAAUAUUAUCCCUGCAGUGUUACACGCAAACAUCUUUUUGGAACAGGUAGCCCUUCAUGCAAGUUAUUUGACGCCUUUUUAAACGAAGUGUGCACUGAAUUCCUGAGGUAUAGAUGACAUAUAUAAACCACCCCUCCCCACUAUAUUGUAGGAAAGAAGUUAUUGGUUUCAUCGCUUUCUUCGUAACCAUCAAUCCUGUCCCUCGAGUCUUUUCUACGAAGUGUGCUGUAAGCACCAAGCCAGCUAUAGGACUUUUAUCGAUUUAUAGGGACUGGUGACGGUAGCACUAAUUUUGUUCUGCUGAUGAAAUAGAAAAUUGCCAGCAGUCUGAGGGAUAAGAGCGACACACCUUUAAACAACCUGCAAACUGGACUGCAAGGGGAUGAGUAGCUGACCUACUUGGAGGAGAAUGGAAGCCUGUUAGAAUGUGUACUGGUUCUUCCUGACCGAUACAAUUUAAAUGCACUGUUCCAAUUUGUUUUCAAGGCACUGAAAAGGUGCUCAUUUUACUGAGGACUUACAUAGGUUAUUGAAAGAAAAUAAAGUCAUGGGAGCAUGACAGGAAUUAUAGAAUGCUGUGACUAAGAAGGAAAAAAAUGGAAGCAUUAAUUUAACCUUGACUGUAAAGGUUUCUGGACUACAACUGUUUUGAAUCGGGCUUUGUUAAAGAACCGCAAUGAUGAAAACCUUGUCUUCUGGGAAUUGUGCUAGUCUGGAUGUGCCAGCCAAGAACUCUUAUCGCAUGGUCAUUCUUGGAGCUUCACGAGUUGGCAAAAGUGCUAUUGCAUCUCGGUUUCUGAAUGGCCGGUUUGACGACCAGUACACACCAACCAUAGAAGACUUCCAUCGCAAAGUGUACAACAUUCGAGGAGAUAUUUAUCAACUUGAUAUCUUGGAUACCUCAGGGAACUAUCCAUUCCCAGCGAUGAGAAGACUGUCAAUUUUAACAGGUGAUGUAUUCAUCUUGGUCUUCAGCUUGGACAACCGUGAGUCUUUUGAGGAGGUCCAGCGUUUGCGUAAACAGAUUAUGGAAGUUAAAUCAUGUCUGAAAGACAAAACCAAGGAGGCAACAGACAUCCCAAUGGUAAUCUGUGGUAAUAAGUGCGACCUUGGAGAGCUGUAUCAUGAAGUGCAGCCCGAGGAGGUAGAACCGCUGAUUGCUGGUGACGAGAACUGCGCCUACUUUGAAAUAUCAGCAAAGAAGAAUACCAGUGUUGAUGAAAUGUUUUGCGUUCUUUUCAGCAUGGCAAAGUUGCCACAUGAAAUGAGCCCUGCCCUCCACAGAAAAGUUUCUGUACAGUAUGGUGAGACUUUUAACAGGAAAUCUUUUAGAAUUAAAAGAGUUAAAGAAGCUGAUGCUUAUGGUAUGAUAACCCCAUUUGCUCGAAGGCCAAGUGUCAACAGCGAUUUGAAAUACAUCAAAGCAAAAGUUCUGGGAAGAGGAGGACAGCCACGAGAUCGAGAGAAAUGUAUCAUACAAUGAAAAAUAAACUUGCAGACAAGAUCAGAUACCAAAUAUACCUGAAGCUUAGUAGAGGCUAAUGCAAAUUAAUCAAAAGUAUCUUUCUUUAUGUAAGAAAUGUUAAUAGGUGUGGCAAUUGACUAAUGCAAGUUGCCACCACCUUAAAGAACAAAGGUACAGAGAUGCAUCCUAGAAAAUGACUUAUGAUGACAUAACAAGUUACUUUGUUAGCUACUAAGAAAAGACUGUAUAAGCAGCCUGAGUUGCAGAUGACGAUAAUCCUUCUAGAACAUUUGACAAGACAUUGUUUGCCAAGUGCAGAUGUCAGACUUUUCUAGCUGUCCUAUAAAAAUUAAUUCUUUGUCUUUAUGGUAAAACUACUGCAUUAGGAAGGAGUCAUUAUGCUGUAAUCUGUAUUGAUAAGGAUCUCCUGUACUUUUACGUACUACUACACGUUUAUGUAAUACUUAUGUUUAGUGGAAUAUACCACUUUAUCCAUAAGGAGCACAUCACCAUUCUUAUUUUGAUGAUGUGAUAGACACAUUGCAAGAUUUAACCUUAGAUAUUGCUGCAGGUUCAUUGUAUUAUAAACGUGAGACAACACACUUACAAGCUCUUUGUGAACAUAAGCAGUCUUCUUGUUAGGUAUCAGCUUGGGCUGAUAGUCCAUUUUUUAGAAGAUUUUAGAGAUGUUCAUGUCAUAUGAAAAUAUUUAAGAACAAAUGUAUAUAUUUUUUGUUUUAUUGUAUAUAUUGUGUUACAUAGGUAAAACAAUAUUUCCAUUCAUGUAAUAUCAAUUACUUAACAUAUUCUAGGAUACUUAACUGAAUUUUUCUGCAUAUUUAUGGGAUCGUUGAAUUUACAUAUGAUUAACGAGUUCCAGAAAUGUGUGUUUUGGCUAGGAUAGUCUUCCCUUUAUGAUCACGUUAGCUAGUAUUUCCAGUGUAAAAAGAAGCAAAGUGUGGAGACUGGCUUAAAAAAAGCACAGAAAUUAAUUACUUUCUGUUAUUUUAGUCUGUUAAUAGUGCUGACUUUACCAAUGAUCAAAUGUAGACAAUGAAUUUAUCAGUGAUUAAUAACUACUAGGUAUAUAUUUUUUAAUGAGGAGUUAUAUACUUUUAUUUGCAGAAACUCCAGUAAACUGAAUAAAUUUCAUUCUGGUUUAA